CAGAUGUGCUGCUGCUCGUACUGCUGGCCACUCGCAGCGGCAAGGCUGCGUCUGGCUCCCUGCUGCUGCGCUGUAUGACCGCCAUGGGGUGAUGCAAAUACUACGCCUUCCUCCCAGCUCGUGCGCUGCCAUCUCUCUUACAAUCCAUACUAACCUGAACCAACUACCCGUGAUGGCCGUCGACGAGCUCCGUCUACUCGCUCUCGACGGCGGCGGCGUUCGUGGCCUGUCAGCCCUGAUGAUCCUCGAGCAGCUCAUGGAGGCUGUCAAUCCGGACGCGCCGCCGAAGCCGUGCGAAUACUUUGACAUGAUCGGGGGUACGAGCACUGGGGGGCUGAUCGCCAUCAUGCUCGGCCGGCUGAGGAUGAGCGUGGCUGACAGCAUCGCCGCUUACCUGACGCUCUCAGACCGGGUGUUCCGCAAGACGAGACACCGGGUGACGGUCAGGGGCAAGGUUCAGGGCCGCUUCGACUCAGAGGAGCUGGCACGAGCUGUGAGAGAGGUCGUCCAACAACAAGGCCUUUCAGAAGACACGCUACUCAAAGACGCACCAGAAGCGGGCUGCAGGGUAUUCGUGUGCGCGACAAGCAAAGAGACCAGCGAAACCGUUUGCCUCACAAGCUAUCGGACGCCACGCGGAAACAGCGACCUUUUGAACAGUGUGAAGAUGUGGGAGGCUUGUCGGGCCACCUCAGCUGCCUCGUCCUUCUUUGACCCGAUCGCAGUGGGAAGAUUUGAUGAGAAGUUUGUAGACGGCGCGACGGGAGCGAACAAUCCAGUACGAGAGCUGUGGGACCAAGCGCAGCUGGUGUGGGGACCAGGGCCACUGGAGGGUAAGGUCAAGUGCUUGGUCUCGAUCGGGACGGGUGUGCCUUCUCUCAAGCCGUUCAAGGAUGACGUCUUCCACAUUGCCGAGACGUUGAUCGCGAUCGCGACGGAGACAGAGCAGACAGCAGAGAGGUUCCGGCGUGAGAAAUCGCUGCUUGCCGAUACUGGUCGGUACUACCGGUUCAACGUAGUGCGUGGGCUAGAGGACAUCGGGCUGGAAGAGUCGAAGAAGGUCAAGGAGAUGGCGGCAGCCACACGAAAGUACAUUGGGAGUGAGGAGGUGUAUAGGCAGAUGCAGGCAUGUGCCGGCAGCAUCGCGGGGAGAGCCUAUUUUGGCGAAUAUCAUAUCAACUUCAGCCUAGAGGGAGUCCCAACGGUGAGCCACUUUGUAGACCGACCGAAAGAGAUGGAGGGUCUCGAACGAGUGCUCCUUCCCGGACGAGGACAGAGCUGCCGGCAGAAGAUCCACGUGCUGCAUGGCCUCGGCGGCAUAGGUAAGACGCAACUAGCGGUUGCGUUUGCGCGUCAAUACCACCGGCAGUUUAGCUCAGUGUUCUGGCUAGACGGGAGCAGCGAGGACAACCUAAAACGCAGCAUCGUCAGCCACGCGAGCAGGAUCCCUUCAGGUCAGAUCCCUGAGACGAGCAGGAAAGCAAACAGCGAGGCCGAUGUGAAUGCAGUCGUCAAAGGCAUCAUGGACUGGCUUGCGCGGCCGGACAACACCGUCUGGCUGCUCAUCUUUGACAACGUCGACAGAGAAUACGAUCCACGGGGUAGCGACGACCCUGAUGCGUACAAUGUGAAGGACUACCUCUCAGGCGCGGACCAUGGCUCUGUUCUCGUGACGACCCGACUGGCGAAGCUGCAGCAGUUGGGGGAGUCGCAGCCGCUGACCAAAGUGGACCACAAACAGGCCCAGGCAAUCUUGGAGAGCUGGUAUAAGGGGAAGCACGACACGACUGAGAUCAAGUGCCUUCUUGAAAAGCUGGACGGCCUGCCACUCGCAAUCGCACAAGCGGGCGCGUAUCUACAGCAGAGUGGAGUGGGGCUGACGGCCUACUUGAGGUUCUACGAGCAGCAGUGGAGCGAGCUAAUGGAGUCGGACGAUGCGCCACUCCAAGACUACCCCAGAAGCGUGUGGAAGACGUGGGCCAUCUCGUACCAGACAAUUCGCCGCGAGCACGAAGCUACAGCCAACCUUCUCCUCCUGUGGUCGUUUCUCGAUAACAAGGAUUUGUGGUAUGGCCUGAUCGCAGCAGCAGACCAGAAAUCUACAGUGGCCUCCAGGAUGCUAUCAGAGUGGAUUGGAGGGAUUGCAUCAAGCGAGCUCGAGUUCAGCCGGGCAAUGAAGCUACUGCUUAAGUACUCGUUAAUCGAAAAGGUAGAAGAGACGGCAAGCUAUGCGACGCACCCAGUUGUUCACCAAUGGGCAUACCACUCCCAGGGCAAGUGCUUUGCGGUAGAAAUUACUCGACUGGCGGUAAUUACAGUCGGGUAUGCUGUGCCAAUGGGCCCAUCUAGGGAAGACAUGGCCAUACAGCGACGGCUCCAUCCCCAUGCACAAGUGUGCUCCAAAUGGGUGGUAGAAGGCAAGACAAAGCGGCGUUUUGCAGAUAACGAUGGUCACGCCGAGGAUGUGGAAAAGGACGAGGAGCUAUCUGUACUUCAAGCUGCCCACAACUUGGGGAUUCUCUACAAAGACCAAGGCAAGCUAGGCGAGGCAGAGCAGAUGUACAAAUGGGUGCUGCGAGAAUGCGAGCAACUCGCACCUGACCACACGUUAAUACUAGUCACGACCACCAACCUGGGCAAUGUCUACAGCAUUCAAGGCAAAGUAGAUAAAGCAGAGCAGAUGUAUAUGCGGGCGCUGCAAGGGUACGAGGAGGCACUCAGACCUAAGCACUAUUCAAUACUAGAGACAGUUAAUAACCUAGGUGUCCUCUAUAUGAGACAAGGCAAACUAGAUAAAGCAGAGCAGAUGUACAAGCGGGCGCUGCAAGGGAACAGGGAACCUGGAUCUGAACACACGUCAAUGCCAGCCACGAUCAACAACCUGGGUAAUGUCUACAUGGAACAAGGCAAACUAGACAAAGCAGAGCAGAUGUAUAUACAGGCGCUGCAAGGGUGCGAGGAGGCACUCGGACCUAAGCAAUAUUCAACACUAGAGACAGUUAAUAACCUAGGUGUCCUCUAUAAGAGACAAGGCAAACUAGACAAAGCAGAGCAGAUGUACAAGCGGGCGCUGCAAGGGUAUCAGCGGGUGCUCGAUCACACAACUUUACAAACAUAUCAGCCAGCUCUUGAUGCCUUAAACAACAUGGCCGUUCUCUACAAAAUACGGGGCGAGAAUGAGAGGGCUCGAGCGAUGUACUCAAGCGUUCUUGUUGGCUAUCAGGUUCUUUUCGGCCCCUCUCAUGACAAUUGUCAAGAGCUUGAGGCUUGCCUAGAUAGGCUACCACACUCUCAACAGGGAAAGGAAGAUGGGUGGGCAGUGCUAGCAGAACUACUUACAUCUAAGGCUCACGGCAGUACUGAAGAUUGGUCAGAACAGAUAGCAGAAUCCGUUACACCUGAGGUUCAAAACAGCGAGGAAGAUGAGUUGGAGCAGGUAGCAGAACCAGUUAUACCUGAGGUUUACAGCAGUGAGGAAGACGACUUGGAGCAGAUAGCAGAACCAGUUGUGCCAGAGGUUCGCGGUAGUAAGGAGAAGAAGAAGUGGAGACUUGCAGUGCGUAGGGCCGUUGAGAGGGUAUUCCAGUAAAUUUGUUGUUGCGUGGUCGUUGAAACAUUCUGGUCACCGGUCUCGUCCACGAGGAUGCUCUCAAAGAGGCGCCGUAUGCUCUGUACUGACUGAUGGGUAGACCAUGGUCACCUGGGGUUGAACUAAACACGUGCUGGAACAAGGUGGAUAUAGAAGGUUGAAUUCCUACAGCAGGUGGGGAAAGCAUAUGUUCAUCAUCCUCCGCAUGCGACGCGAUUUCCGAAUUGGUGUGUUAAUCACGUGUAUGGAUCUCAAGUGUGCCAGUAGUACCGAAACACUUCUAGGGCUACUUAUUAAUUAGCUCGACCAAAGGUGGCUCGAGAAAACGUAAUCACAAACAUCUCCGC